AUGAGCAAAGAACACGGCACUUUAAAAGUAACUAUUGUCGAAGGUCGUAAUUUGAAAGAUGAAGACAUCGUUGGCAAGAACGAUGCCUAUGUUGAAGUUUACUUGGACAAAGACUACAAACAACGAACGAAAACCAUUCGAAAUUCAAAUAACCCAAAAUGGGAUGAAAAAUUUACUUUUAAUUUGAAAAGAGAUCAUGAUGAUUUACAUCUGCAUGUAUACGACGAUGAUACAGUAGGUAAAGAUUCCAUUGGUUCGGCGAAGAUUGAUUUGAGAAAACAUGACUUCACGAAAGGUGCUUAUGAUGAAUGGGUUAAGCUACCAGCCCUGUUAGGUCUCCGUUCCAAAGGUGAAAUCCAUGUUAUCAUUGACCAUCAUACGUGA